AUGGCUUUCACUUACCAGCCCCUGCAGAAUACCAGACGGGAUAUCCGCCUCCUCGAAAUCGACUUCCAUGACGCAGCGGCUGAUCGUAUCAAAUGCUCCAUCAUCCAUGAUACUUUGGACGACGAUCCGCAGUUCACGGCCCUCUCUUACGUCUGGGGCGAUGCUGCCCAACCUCGCUCCAUCUUACUCGAGGGCCAAGAGGUCAGCGUCACGCAGAACCUCUUUCGCGCUCUCCAAAGGCUCGCGAAAUUCAGCAAGCCUCAGGUUUCUAAGCUCUGGAUCGACGCGCUGUGUAUCAACCAAGCCGAUGACGAAGAAAAGGCACAUCAAGUCCAGCUCAUGGGAAGGAUCUACAGUAGCGCCUCUCAAGUACUCAUUUGGCUGGGCCCUGAAGAUGACGCCAGUGUUGACGCCCUACAUCAGCUCAGUCUACUAGGAAGUACCUUUGAGGAUCUGAAAGCCCGUCCCGAUUACGGUCCUGUAGUUUGCCAAGCCUUUGUCAAAACCGUUCUUGAGUUUUCCGGCACUAGCCUCAAUUUCGCUCAUAUUCAGACUCUGUUCCGACGCCCUUGGUGGACACGGGUUUGGGUUAUUCAGGAGGCUCUUCUUGCUAAACAAGCCUAUGUCCUCAUCGGAGACCAUGCAAAAGACUGGAAAGAGAUUCGUGGUGCUUGGAGUGCCUUUGAGUGGAUGAUACUCUACGUCAAUACUGAUCCAAAAUACCGACCGGUCUACGAGAUAUUGAAUGAAGUAUACUUCAAGAUCGCACACUUUACCCAAGGCGAGACCGCUGAGGACGGCACCCGGAAGCUUGCGUCGCUUUUUGAUACCGUCUUCUUCUCAGCUGCCGGUGGUGCCAUCCAGUCAACUGACCCUCGAGACAGAAUCUAUGGACUAUUUGGUCUAUUGACCGAGAGAGACAAGGCCAAGAUACCCGUUGACUAUUCAUGCCAUAUGACUCUGGAAAGGUUGCUGUUUUUUACCACAAAAGCUUUAAUCGAAGAUCAUGGUCCGGAUAUUCUUUGCUAUCGCCGCCCGACGUUGCUUUCUGUCGGCGGUCCCAGUUGGACGGUAGACUGGACUUCCAAAAUGAUAGCCACCAUUGGUGGCUUCAAUCAUGGCUCCAAUAACUAUGACGCAUCCAAAGGAACGGUUUGGUCACCCAAAACCUUUGAUGCUACCUUCGAAGACCCUGCAAUUCGUCUGUGGGGUGUCGUAGUUGGUCAUGUGAAAGAUGUUGGUGGCGUCCUAGAAUCCACUGUUGACUCGCCUUCCUAUAUCGACGACUGUAGAAGCUGGCUCUUGGAGCUUGAGAAUCUCGUCUACUCGAACUCUAAAGAUGAUCCAGAACGGCUGGAAAUCAUUCAAAACUUGUGGCGGGUACCGAUCGCUGAUAUGGGCUUGGUGGAACGCGCAAAGCCCGAAGACGGGUAUCCACAAGCAUAUGAAGUUCUCACUGGGGUUACAAAGCCGCCGCACGGCGAUGAUGAGAGCGGCUGGGUCACUUCCUCUUCUUGGCCAUAUCGGCGCGUUUGGAAAGUUUAUGGUCAUCGUGCUUGCAUUUUUGAGAGCGCUAAUGGAAGAGCUCCUGGGCUCGGACCAAGUGGCAUGUGUCCCGGGGAUAUGGUAGUCAUCUUCUCUGGCAGCCAUGUGCCCUUCGUGGUCCGCGAAUCAUCGCAAGGAUACAGCCUUAUCGGCUCUGCCUACGCAUACGGAUACAUGGACGGCAAUGCUUUCGAAACGAUUACUUCAGCUCGUGGUCUGAAGGAAUUCCAGCUUCACUAG